AUGGACGAAGUUUUGCUGUUAAAUGCAAUUCAUCCAGAUUCUUCUAUAAGAGUGCCAUCAGAAAAGUAUAUUGCUACUUUGGAGGAUAAACAAGGCUUUUUGCCUUCUUUAUUCACUAUAUAUCAGCAAUCUUCAAACACAACAAGCAAGCUUGCCGCUCUUUUGCUUGCAAAAAAUGCAAUUGUAAGGCAGUGGCAUGUUGUCGGAAACAGUGUAAAGCCUGCACCUGUGCCAGAAGCUGAAAAAUACUUAAUCUCCAUUGUUUCGUAAGCAAAACUAUUAGAAAAUCCCUAGUCUUGGAUAAUUAGCAUUUUGGUACAAAGUGCAAAUAUAGAAAAACAUUAAUUUAUGAAUAAAUUAGAUUGUUUUAUUUAAUAUUUACAAAUUUGAAUUUCUUUAAAAAAUAAAAAUAUUUUAAAUAUAAAAUUUAAAAAAAUAUUAUUGCCAUGCAUUUUUAGACCACUAUUGAUCAUUUAUUUUAAUUUUUUAAACAUAGUUUACCUGUCAGCUUUUUUUAAAAAUAAAAACGAAAAUAACAAAUCUUCAUUUAUUGCUUUAAGAUGCCUAAUCAGACUUAGACUGUAUAAGGUAGAUGUCCUGAACCAUAUUUUUUCUGAUCGGUAUUCUGAUAGGGUAUAGAUUUAUUAUGGUGAAUAAAUUAUAACACAGUUGAUUAUCAAGCAUGACUUUUUUGUUCGCUAACCAAAGGAGGGAGUUAAUUAACUUCCCAAAUAGCAAGCAAAACUUUGCUUAUUAGGAUGAAACUACAAAAUAACAGUAAAUUUUAUCGAAAUUUGCUUAUUAUAAGAGUAUUCUAACGAAAUGUAAAAAUUUAUUUAUUAAUUUCCCUUGUGGAAAAGGGGAUUAAAUUUUACAACAAAAUUGUAUAGAUAAAUUUUAUAGCAAUUAAAAAAAAAUCCCAAUUCGCAAAAAUUAAUUUAAUUUAUAAAAUUUAUGUUUGAAAGUUCAGCUAUUUAAAAUUAAACAGAAUUAGCUAAAAAUUUCAUUAUAAUAAUUAUUAUAUAACAAUUUUUUUUCAUAAAAAUUUUUAUAUUAAAAUAAUUUUUGUUUGAUUAUGGAUGGUUUUAAAGUAAAAUCACAAAUGGUGGAGUAAGCAAUUUUUCGAUCUAUUCAUACAAAUUUGCAAUUAAUAACUCUGUCGACAACUUCUAAUAAGUAAAAUUUUGCUAAUUAUGAAGUAAGGAAUUUCUACUCAACAAGCUUUUUAUUGAUCCAGAACCGGAUAAUAAGCUAAGAGAAUUGCUGCAGAUUUGUGUUGGCACAAUAUCAAAGCAUAGCUUUUACGACCAAUGAAAGCAACUAGAAACUUUGCUAAUUACUAAAUCGCAGAGUCCUGAUGAAGACUAUUUAAAAUUACUAACUCCUCUCCCUUUGUGAGUGAGCAAAAUAAUCUUGUCUGCUCAGAGAGGGGGUUAAAUUUUUUAAAAAAAUUAUUCAUAAAUUUUAUAUAAUUUUUUCGAAAUUUAAGAAAAUCAGAUCUCAAAAUAAUUUUAAAACAAAAUAUGAAUUAAUGUGUAAAUUUUAUUUUUGUAACUCUUUAAAAUUAAACAGAAUUUGAGAGAUUUCAUUAUACUAAUAAUCACUUAUAUAUUAAUAUAUUUGUUCAUAAAAAUUUUGAUUGCAAAAAGUUUUUGUUUAUUCACAGAGGUAGAUUUUACCCAAAAAUUAGGGAUUAUUUCAAAGUUUUGUUCAUUCACGGGGGAGUAAAUACCGUCAUAAAAGUACAAAUAAGAAGAAGAAUUUUUAGAGUUCAGUUCAAAGAAUUCGCUAUUAAGCUUUACCCAGGAAUAAAAGCAGCUUGACUGCAGAUGAACUCUGAUUAUUUAGAUAAAAUCAUGCUAAAGCUGCUUACAGUAAUUCAAGAUUCUGACGUCUUAAGGUCAUUUCUCAAUAAAGCUAAUGAAAGUCUUUACAAAAUGAAUGGAGAAACUCUUGCCAAAGAUAUUUUAAAAGGCAUCAAUUUAAUAGAUGCAAGCUUCCCUGACCUCCUUUCAAGCGAACUACUGCUGAUUUACAUUGACUUGAACUGCAAAAUCAUUUCUGAGUUAAAGCCAAACACCCCUGAAAGGGAUGCUCUUUUAAGACAGUCUUGCUUUAACUUAAAAGAAAUGGUUAUCAGUAACCCAGCUGCACAGCAAAUUCUUCAAGCAAAUCCAGAAGGUUUACUACAAAAAAUUUUGGACCAAGAAGGCUGAGGCAAACGAUGAGAGUUGUGGGAAAUGGGUGAAAUCGAAGAUUUCCUGCAGCAUCAUGAGCAAGCAGAUGAAACCUAUUUGAAGAAGCUGCUUUUUGCUUUGGUGAAAGUCUUUCCAAAUUUGGCAAAAUAUAUUCCAGGCUUGGCAAGAGAAAUCCCUUCCUUGCCGUUUCCGAAGUCGCAUGCAGUUUGUAUUUUGAUUGGAAUCGUUCCAAGUUUGCAAGAAACAGGGAUUGAAUGCAGCAUAUCAUUUGAUGAAAUCCUCACUCCCCCUCCGUGAGUGAACAAAACAAUUUGUUCACUCAUAGAGGGUGGUUAAUUUAUUUAUUUAUAUAAAUUUUAAAGAAAAUAUUGUUUUUCGAAAUUUAUAAAAAGUCUAAUUCGCAAAAAUUGGAAAGCAAAUAUUAAUUUAAUUUAUAAAAAUUAUGUUUUAAAAAGCAAUUUGUUUAAAAUUAAACAGAAUUAGCUCUAGAUUUCAUUAUACUAAUUAUCACUUAUAUAUCAAUUUUUUUUUCCAUAAACAACAUUUUCUAUUUAAAAAAAAUUUCACUCACGAGGGUGGGUUUUUGGGCAAAAAUAGCGAUUUUUCUAAUGGUUUUGGUAACUCACGGAGGGGGGGAGUCAGUAUUUUAGGAAACUUGCAAUGCGAAGGAUUCAAAAAGCUUCUAGUUCUUAGAGAUGCCUUAUGAAUAAUGAGGAAAUGGGUCAGAAAUAUCACUGACUAUGUGUCUAUAUACGGAGUAAUUCAAACAAUUCGCCAAGCAUGCAAUAACGAUAGAAUUGUGAUUUAUGAAAUCUGCCUAACAAUUAAGCAGUUACUCUACCAAACUAUCCCAGCGCAGAUCUGCUUUUCGAUUUUACAGGAUUUUUCGACAGAUAUUUUUGUUUUAAUUCGACAGUCAACAAUACCUCAAAUGAUAUGAAAUAUGAUAUCACUUGUGUCAGUACUUUUAAAAGAUGGCGAAAGCAACCAAUCAUACUGGCUGACUCGAACAGCCCAAGACCGGCGAAUGCUGGCUUUGGGGAUUGAUAUUUGUGAAUUGCAAAGCUGAUUUGUGAAUAAUUAGGUUUAGAGUUAAGAUUAAACGCUGGGUAGGGCACGAGAAGGACGAGUUGCUCGUAACCGGUAAUUUAUGUAUAUAGGGUUAAAGCUAAAUUUGAUUUAUUUGUGUCAGCCCUGAUAAAUAUGUCAGCUUUUGAGAAAUGCCCUGGACUGCUGGCAGCAUUUCAGUCAUCAGGCCUAAGUGAAAUCUUUAAUUCAGACAGCGAGUUGAUAAUUUCAGCUCUUGUUGACAUGUUCGAAGGCCUUGUCCAUCUGUAUCCUGAAGAAAAAAUAAUCAUCGAGGCAGUUUCAUCAUUUUUGCUAAAUCAAAUAGGAAAGCACCACAUUGAGAAAUGCUAUUAUUUGUGGCACUAUCUUAUUGCAAAUAUGGACGCUAUAAAGGAAAACUUAAUUUACGUUGAACCUUUACUACAGCUGAUGAAAAACUUUGAUAAAAACCAAAGAACUCUUGCAAUAAAGAUUAUAGAGGAGUACUUGUUGCUCUAUCAAGAAGCCGAAAAAAGCCCAUUAGAAAUAUCUCAGUUUAUUGACAAUUGGUGUUUGCCCUUAUGCUCUCUGGAAGGAAACUUAGAAUAUGAUGGCUUGUCAUUAGCACUUUUAACAACAAUCGGUACAGUUGAUUUUUCCCGUGUGCAGGGAGGAUUUAUGAAAUACAUACAGUACCUUGGAAUUCCCAAGACGGAUGCAUAUUCGACACUGUCAAUUCUAACCUCAUUAUUUUUGGUCAAUAAGUCGAUUCUGGCAAAUGAAGAGUGCUUAAAUUAUCUAAAUAUUUCUGACUGGUUCCAAGCAAUGGCAAUUUUAUCGUCAUCAAACCACAAGAAGGUGAAUGCUGCUGCAAGGGUCGCAUGGGUUAGUUGCAAAUAGGUAGGUAAUCCUAUAAAAAACUAAGGAUAACUACUAAAUUCCCAAAAAUUAAGCGGGCUAGCUGCCGAAAUAGUAUAAAAAUUUUUUUAAAUUAACAGUCAAAAAUAAAUGGUUGCAGCUAACCCGCCUAGAUUUUUCAUAUCUAAAAUUAUAUCAGUAACCCUCUAAAAAAGUGUAUAUAAUAUAAUAGCAAAUAAGCUAUAAAUCGUUAAAAUUGUAUAGAAUUUAAUACACUGCAAUAUCUCUAAUAAUCAUUAUUAACAAAGAUACGUAGAGUUGUCGAGAGCCAAAUAUUUUUAUAUAUAAGUUGGCAGCUAACCACCUAAUUUUUUUUAAAUUUUGGCAGCUAACAGCUUACUUUUUUUUUUCAGCUAUACCUCCUAAUUUUUUUUUAGCAGUUAUCUCUUUUUUAGAGGUUACUGACGUAAUUUUUUUAUAUGAAAAAUUUAGGCAGGUUAGCUGCAAAGCGUUUAUUUUUGACUGCUAAUUUAAAAAAAUUUUAUAUUAUUUUAUCAACUAGCCUGCUUAAUUUUUGGGAUUUUGGUAGUUAUCCCUAUUUUUUUAUAGGGUUAGCUACCUAUUUGCAGCUAAUCCCGCCUCCCCCUGCUGCAAUAUUAAAAGCCAUGAGUUUGUUCCCUGCAGAAAUUAUCCAGCAAUAUGCAAGCUUGAUUUUUAAAUACAUUGUGAUGCCUAUUGAAAACUUCAAAAACUCAACAGUUGUAUCAUCCCCACAAAGAUAUGACUCAAGGAAGCCCCAUAGUAAUCAAUUGUCGCCAAGUCAGAGAAAAAUCAACUACAUGAAUAAAGAUCCAAAUGUGAAUACUAACCUUAUAGUUUUAUUACGAAACUGCAUAAACUCAUUGAAAGCUAGGGGAAUCUUUUUUGAGCAGAUGCUUACUCCUGAAGAAAGAGUCAAAUUUGAAGAAUUACUGAGAGAUGGGCAUAGUAGAUCGUCUAGCAAAUAA